AUGUCCAUGAUCUUCUUUGCCUGUGUGGUGCGGGUGAGGGAUGGACUUCCCCUCUCAGCCUCCACAGAUUUCCAUUUCAACCAGGACUUUCUGGAAUGCAGAAGGAGACUGAAGGCAUUAUCCUCAAUUCUGGCACAGUAUCCCAGUCGAGGCACAGCAAAAGGACGUGACCUUAGCAUACAUUUCCUUUCUUCUGGGGAUAUUGCCUGCAUGGCAAUCUGUUCCAGCAAUUACUCUACCAUCAUGGCAUUUUGCUUCCUGGAAGAGCUUCAGUCAGAAUUUGCUGCUUCCUACAGUACAACAAGCAUCAGUUUAGCUUCCAGACCAUAUGCUUUUCUUGAAUUUGAUAAUGUUAUUCAGAGAGUGAAACGCCAGUUUAACUAUGCAAGAGGCUCUCAAAUGAAGGCCAACUGGGAGAAGAUUGAGGAGGAGCUGAAGUUCCAGCCCCCAGUUCAGCUGAGACUGGAGGAUACAGAGCUGAUGAAUGGGAUGACUAAUGGUGGGCCUGCAGGUGUUCAUGUGGAGGUUGUCCCUACUUACAGAAUGGAGCCUGUGACUCCCAUGGGGAUUCUGGCACUUGUUCUGAACAUCAUGUGUGGAGCUUUGAAUCUCAUUCGAGGAGUUCACCUGGCAGAGUAUUCAUUUCAGGAGGACCAUGAAGGGAUUGGAAAUGUCAUAGCUUUUUUGCUACUUUUUCUAGCCUGUGUUUUUCAGUGUUACUUGUACCUCUUCUACAGCUGGGCAAGGAAGGUGAAGACAUUUGUACUCUUUUUCUCUGUCUGUUUCUGCAACAUUUACUUGUAUGGAUUAAGGAACACCUGGCAAAUAGGCUUUCACAUUGGAGUGGCCUCUCUCUCUUCUUAUCAGAUACUGACAAGGCAACUUCUGGAGAAACAGCCUGACUAUGGAGUAUGA